AUGUUCACGAAAUCUGCCGUUCUGCUUGCCCUUCCGGUCUUUGCUGCUGCGCAGUAUGGUUAUGCUCCUCCAAGUAAUCCAGGCCCAACAACGUCCGCCGCUGCAUCAGUGCCUUCUGCGCCACCAAGUAGCGGAAACCAGAUUAACGUUGAUGUGGCCCCUAAUGGAAGCCUAGUCUAUAAUCCAUCUAACAUCACUGCUACACCUGGAACGCAGAUCACCUUCUACUUCCCAGGAGGCCCACUUGCACACUCUGUUACCCAGUCUUCUUUCCAAAACCCAUGCACGUAUUUGCAAGCCAAUGGUAGCGCCGCUGCCGGAUUCGAUUCUGGAUUAGUCACGGCCUCAACAUUCACCAUCAAUGUAACGGACUCUAGUCCGGUGUGGUUCCACUGCAAGCAGAUUACACAUUGCGGGACUGGUAUGGUUGGAAGCAUCAACGCACCCGCCACCGGGAAUACUUUCGAUGCAUUCGUGCAAGCAGCCAAAGCACUCGGAAGUAACGCUCCAACUGACGAUGCCACUGCAGUUGUCACUGGAGGUCUGCACGCCGUUGCUUCCGCCACACCGUCUAGCGACGUGGGCACUUCCCCGGGGGGCAGCGGUGGUAAUUCAUCCAGCGCCUCAAAAGUAGCCGUGAGCGGUUUCGCACUGUUGUCAGCGGUCAUUGGGGCAAUGAUGGUCUAA